UCCACUGGAAUAAAGCGCUGCUGCUGUUUGCGCAUGUGCGCUCUUCAAAGUUGCGUGAGCGGCUGUACUCGGUUUGCUCAGCUCGUCGCCGCUGUCUUCACUCGAGUAGAGCGCUGCUGUUCAGUGCUGCUGGCUGCGAGCGACAUGGAGUGAGCGAGCAAACGCGCUUCUCGGACUUUCGGCAUUAGUCGCGCUUCUUGAGUAAAUUACGCGCUAAAAAAAGUGAAACCAUACUUAAGAAAACACGAUGUAGUGAAGAAAAUACCGACGCUGGACUGUUUUAUGCCAUACCUGCAAAGCACAGCUAUCUAGUAUCGCGCUGGGGGAGAAGUAGACAGCGGUGGGACAAAACAUGCUCUCGCCGUUCUUGGCGUAUUUGCUGUCGGGUGUGCUUCUGUGUCGGAUUGCGCGCUGCCAGUACUCAAGCGACCAGUGCAGCUGGAGGGGCAGUGGGCUGACCCAUGAGGGACACACUCGGGAUGUGGAACAGGUGUAUCUCCGCUGUGCCCAGGGGUUCCUGGAGUGGCUUUACCCCACAGGGGCCAUCAUCAUCAACCUGCGGCCAAACACACUGUCCCCAGCGGCAUCUCUUCUCUCCGUCUGCAUCAAACCCUCUAAGGAGUCCAGCGGGACCCACAUCUACCUGGACCGGCUGGGCAAACUGCGACUGCUCCUCCGUGAGGAAGAUCAGGCAGAGGGGAGAGUGCACUGUUUCAGCAUCCAGGAUGGGGCGCUCUUCAUCGAGGCAGUGCCUCAAAGGGACAUCAGCCGAAAAAUCACAGCCUUGCAGUACGAGCUGGUCAACCACAGACCAGGAGCAGAUCCACAGUCAUUAUCUGCACCCUGCCAACCCUGUACAGAUGCGGAGGUCCUCCUGGCCGCUUGCACCAGUGACUUUGUGGCACGGGGCAGUAUUCUUGGUGUGGCAGAGGACGACGACCAGACCUCUGUCACUGUGUCCCUGAGUCGCCUUUACAGACAGAAGACACAAGUGUUUGUUUCGGGGGGUGGCCGGGCCAAACGCUGGACAGGCUUUGUGAAGAUGCCCAGGCAGUGCAGGGUUAAACCGGGGGAGGGUGAGUUCCUCUUCACUGGGACUGUGCGAUUUGGAGAGGCCUGGCUCAGUUGCGCUCCACGGUACAAGGACUUCCUUAGGGUGUAUCAGGACGCACAGCAGCAACGGACCAACCCAUGUCAUUUGGACACAGACUGAAUUCUUUCCAGGAAACCACACGGUCCGCCCCGUCGCGAGGAUUUGUGACCCUGCGAGCAGCUGUCUGUCUCCGUUUGUGUCUGCAGACAGAGCCAGUUUAGAUCCG